AUGGAAGAUUUAUUGGACGAUUUAGAAGACUCGGCCUAUAAAGCAGUAGAAAUUUUAUCACAAAUCUUAUUUGUAAAGCCACAACCCAACCCUCUUAAGCUUGGCGAGAAAAAUAUUUGCAACAGCAUCCAGCUCGAAAAUUACAUGAAACAUGAAGGAAUUGAAGCAGACUUAGCAGCAUUUUUCUCUUUAAGCGACAAUUUCAUACAAAAUUCUACGAGCUUUAAGGUCUGUGAGGUCUCCAAUGAAAACCUGCUUAAAAGCAUAGAAAUUCAGGUAAACCAAGAACAUAUAAAGUACUCAAUGAAGACCAAAAAAUUAGCUUGCUAA